GUAGAAGUCAUCAUCGAGAUCAAUGGGGACAAAAGUUGAUACGACGAUUACGUGGGUGAUAAGAGAUUCCUUUUCUUUGCAAGAUGCAUCGAUUUAUUCUGAUAAAUUCGUUGUCGAUGGCUGCAAAUGGCAUCUUCGGUUCUAUCCCAAGGGAUAUAAUAAGGCUAAUUGUUUGUCUCUGUAUCUACAUGUUCCGGAUAUUGAAUCUUUGCCUAUUGGAUGGAGAAUACACGCUAAAUUUUCUCUAACAUUAGUAAAUCAAUAUUCAGGAAAACUCUCCAAAAUAAGAGAGACUCAGCACUGGUUUGAUCAGAAGGCUCCUAACUGGGGGUUUCAAGAAAUGAUUACCCUCACUGAACUUCAUGCCAAAGCGGGAUUGGUGGUGAAUGGAGAACUCACAAUUGUUGCCAAGAUAGAUGUUCUUGAAGUUGUAGGAAAAUUAGAUGGCUCAGAGGAAUCUUCAUCAGUAGUGGAAACGGUAGAUGUCAAUGGCUUUCAAGUUCUUCCUUCACAGGUAGAAUCAGUGAAGCUUUUGUUUGAAAGUCACCAAGAUUUUGCAUCAAAAUUUCGUCUAAAUAAUCCAUAUAUGAAGACGGCAUACAUGAAUGUUCUCUUGAGCUUAACCCAAACGCUAUGCCGAUCGCCUCAAGAACUCUCCAAUGAUGGUCUCUUUGAUGCGGGCGCUGCACUGUCAUAUUUGAGAGAAGCAGGGUUUAAGUUGGAUUGGUUGGAGAAGAAACUUGGUGAAGUAAAGGAAAAGAAGAAGAAAGAAGAGGCUUGUUUGGCCCGGCUUCACGAAAUGGACGAAAAACUUCAGCCAUUUAAGAAGAAGUGCUUAGACCUUGAAGCUCUAAUAGAUAAGGAGAAGGAGGAGUUGUUAGAAGCUAGAGCUCCUCUCCCCUAGUACGAUGAAAAUGUUGUCUUGGGCACUUGGAUUUAGGUUUUGCGAGGUGUUCUUUGCUUGCGUUUUGAUGUUUCAAUUUCGAAAAUGAGAGCUCUCUUAAUGUUGAAACGUCUUGAUAUAGGAUGUUUUUAUAUAAGUGCUUUAUAGUCGAGGGCUGUUUAGCUUGAUUUUGACGUCAUUCUUAUUCCAUUGGUCUUAUCAUUUACUAAUUCGUAAUCAUGGAAAGGAAAUAUACCUCAAAGCUGUUUGCGUUCGCCUAACAAGCAUUCUCUAAGUAUAUA